CGCCCCGCGCCCCGCAUCGCGGCGGCCCUGCCGCACCGCGCCCGCAGGCAUGGACGAGGAGCGGGAGACUCUGCAAAGGAUUGUCAGUACUCUAGUGAACAAAAAUGAUGAAAUUCACAACUUCAUUGACAUGCUGAACCAUACAAUAUCAAAUGUUCAGGUAAACUCUUCUAAUGCCAUCAGCGAGCUAGAUGAGGAAUUUGAUGGUCUGUAUUCUGUGCUGCAUGAGAUGAAGGGGAGCAUGGCCAACACUAUUCAGCAAGAAGAGGCUCGUAAAAUUCAAGCUCUGAAGGAUCAGCUGAGCCAGUGCAGCCGUGCUCUGGAAGGCUCAGAAGAGCUGCUGGAACUUGCUGUGCAGUCACUGGACAUAAAGAACCCUGUGGAGCUCUUAGAGGCUGCCAGACAGAUCAAAGAUAGUGUCACGGUGGCUUCAGCAUUCCGCCUCUCUCUGAAACCAAAAGUUAGUGACAGUAUGACUCAUAUGAUGGUGGACUUCGCCCUGGAAAAGCGCAUGCUCCAAGCUGUGAAGUUUUUGCCAGUCCCUAAAGCUCCAGAGAUAGACGUAGCAGCAUGUCUGGUCGCUGACAACUGCAUAACAAUAUCGUGGAGAAUGCCUGAGGAAGACAGUAGAAUUGAUCAUUUUGUGCUGGAGUAUAGGAAAACCAACUUUGAUGGGCUCCCUCGAAUAAAAGGGGAACAGCACUGGGAGGUGGUUGACUACAUUAAAGCUACUCAAUACACAUUAUCAGGUCUGAAAUUUGAUACAAAAUACAUGAACCUUAGAGUACAAGCUUGCAACAAAGCUGUGGCAGGUGAAUACUCCGAUCCUGUGACUCUGGAAACCAAAGCAUUUGUAUUCAGUUUGGACAGUACUUCAUCUCAUCUGAACUUGAAGGUUGAAGACACUUAUGUUGAAUGGGAUCCCACUGGAGGCAAAGGCCAAGAAAAAAUAAAAGGGAAGGAAAAUAAAAACAGUGGCCAGAAUCCUCUGCUGAAGAGCAAUAGAAGAAGCAGCACAGCAUCUCCGAAGAGAUCCACUAACAGCCCUAGAGCCUCGGCGAGGGGUGGCCGGGAUCGCUUUGCUGGUGAAUCCUACACAGUGCUAGGUGAGCUGAACUUGUUUGCUCUGUUAGGAAAGGGCAGAUCAGGAGACACUGCUGUUGAAAGUGGACAGCAUUACUGGGAAGUGAGAGCCCAGAAGGACUGCAAAUCCUACAGCGUGGGAGUAACGUACAGAAACCCGGGGAAGUUUGACCAGCUGGGAAAGACUAAUUCCAGUUGGUGCAUCCAUGUCAACAACUGGCUGCAAACCACAUUCUCAGCAAAGCAUAACAAUAAAGCAAAGACUCUAGAUAUACCUGUCCCAGACAGAAUAGGAGUAUACUGCGACUUUGAUGGAGGUCAGCUCUCAUUUUAUAAUGCAAGCUCAAAGGCAUUGUUACACACCUUCAGAACAAAGUUUACCCAGCCAUUGCUACCAGGCUUCAUGAUCUGGUGUGGUGGGCUCACAGUGAGUACGGGAUUGCAGGUGCCAAGUGCCGUGAAAACUCUUCAGAAGAGUGAAAAUGGAUUGGGUGGUUCAACAAGCAGCCUAAAUAAUGUUGCCUAGUAAUGUCUGUUCAACACUUCUACUGCUGAAUGUUUUUGUUUUACUGUGUAGCUACUACUCACAGAAGCUUGUCAGCAUUGGAUUUUAUUGGAUUUGCUACCUUCUGCUGUUUAGGGCCUGGGUACUGAGAGUGUAAAGGUCUGGGGCUAAAGUGUUAAGAACCAGUUCUGGGAAUCCAGAAAAAUGUCAGAAAGCUGAACUGUUGCCUAUUAAAAAAAAAAAAAGAUAAAGCAAGAGCUGUAACUAUGUACUUUUCUAAUACUGUAUUCAAGCAUUUUGUUACAGAGUUGAAUAUUAGUUUUGUUACAGAUGCUAUUCUUCUAUGAAGAAUAUAGCAAAUACAAUUUUUAGCUCUCCUAAUGCAAAUUACUUAACUAUGUAUUUAAUUAUUACUAGGCUUCCCAUUAGAAGUUGUGAUUUCUGAGAUUUUGAAAACAGACUGAUUUGCUGGCCUAGCCUGGCAAAGUACCACAGCAGCAUGGUUUUAGAAGGAUAUUAUAAGAAUGUGUAGGCCUAGUAAGAAACAGUAAGAGUGGGCUGUGAUUAUUCCCCCCAGUAGUAUAAAAUCCUCCUGUUUUCCAUGGGUAACUCCUUUUUGAAGCCAUGUAUAUUGAUAUUGGCUCCCAUUUGUCACCUUUAUAUUAAUUGCAUUCUAAUUACAUUAGAAAAUUAUGUUUAAAGGUUCCAGUACCUUGACUCCUAUUUGCAAGCCUGGAAAAAAAAAGCAGUCAAAUGAUUCAUAGUAAUGGGAGAGCUAAAAAAAGAAAAAAAAAAUAUGUUAUAUUCUUCGUGGAAAAUCCUAGCUUGUCAGGUUAUUAUAGGCUUUUUUAAUCUGCUUUCUUCCCUCUAAUCAAGCCGUGGAGCCUAUAAAUAGUUUUCAGGUACACUCUUGAAUCAGGUGUUUCCUAACUGAAGAUUGUUUUCUGGUAUCACCUGAAAAUGUUAAAAAUUCAUGGCCCAUAAUGAUUUAGCUCAUUUGCUGCUGGGCCAGUACAGUUUUUUCCUUUCAUGUAUCUUUUAGCCCAUAAAACCAUGAACAUUUAAUCAUGUUAAACCUCAGUAUUACCAAUGGCUCCUUUCUGUCCAUCACAAUUUCUCAAGAGAAGGAGAAAUUCCUUGAGGCACAUUCUUAAUAAACUGGCUUUGAUGUUCAGUGAAAAGUUAAGAUUAACAAGGACAUGUAAUUACCUGUUCUGGAAAGUGUUAUUUUUCUUGAGGAAUCAUGAAGUUGACAGGUUGGCUGAGCCCUAAAUAUUUAUUUUGUAUCUGGAACUUGGGCAUCUCUUAGUUAUUCGCAUUGUGAACUUGUAAUCUCUUUUUGCAGAGGAAAGUACAAAACAUUUCCCAGUUUAACUGUACCUUCUUCUGCCUGUUCUGUUGCUUGGGCUUUGGGACAAAGAUACUCAGAAGUGACGUGGUUCUUGGUCAACAGUGUCUGAAUCUGUUUCACACAUUAUCUGCGGAUGUUACUGUUAUGCAAAUACUCUGUGUAUAAUAUUUCCUCUUUCCAUUUUACUGCAAUGGACACCUGACUAGGAGUUCUUGGGGAUAAAUUGCUACAAACUCAGUUUUGCAGCCAGUUCUAGUCCAGGGCUGUGGUGCACAGACAUCAGGACAGACUGGCACCUCCUCCUCACCACCCAUCCACUUGUCUUGAUCUUGGGUGUUCAGCUGCAGUUCCUCUUCAGAUUUCCCUUUGUGGAAAGAAAGGGGAUGUUUACAACCAGCUAAUGUGUAGUGAGAACCAUGAGUAUUUUCCAGCCCUCUACAAGAGCAUUUAAAUCAUGUUUUUUUGUUUGGUUGGUUUUUUUUUCCCCUUUUAGCCAGUUGUAGUGUAACCUGCAAGGUGAAUUUGAUAUGCACCGAUGUAAAAAUGUAAUUUUUCUUUUAACAGUUAGUUAGAGAAAAGCUUGAGAGUGUUUCAUACUGUGACUUGUGACUUGCAAGUUCUGGUUUAACUGAUGUCCUAGGUGUACCUUAACAUGUGACUUUUUACCCUUAAAAGGAUGGAUUUGUUGUAUAAUAGUUUGCACAGAUGUCAAAUUUUUGCUGCUAACAUCUAGUCCAGUUGUUUUUAGUAAAUGGGGAUAUGAAGAAUUGCCUUAAGCACUUUAGAUUUAUUCUUUUUUAGACUGGUUUUUCUGAACUAGUGUUUCUCCAGCACCCAUCAUCAUAGGAAGAUGAGUGACACCAUGCUGCUCCCAGUGAUGAUUUUUGUUGCAGUUGGUGCAGGGUUUGUGCGUGCAGCUGGACAGAGAUGCCUGGAUCCUUUGGAGUUACCUUUCCCUUUGUGAAUCCACUUUCAAGGAUUUGGAGAGGGGUGGCUCUUUGGCAGAUCUUUUUGAAGAUCUGUAGUUCAAUCCAGCAGGCUUAUUUACUUUACUGUUAAGUUAUUCUGAAGAUGAUACAUCAUUGUGGCUAAACAGGGGUUUUCUGCUCUAUGACCAAAAGGAGAUGCUUAAUAUUCUUUUAUUUUAAAGUACUGGCUGCUGAUAUUGUGAAGUUAAUGUUAACUCCAAAAGCCUGACUUUUGAGGAGCUAAAGGUUUUCCUUGAGGUAUUAAUAAAUGAGAUGAGUGUAGCUGCCAUUGUUCUUUGGAAAACUAAGGAGAAUUGUGUUAACUGCAGCUAGGGCUGUCAGUGUCAGAGAGGAUAAGUUAAAAAAAA